AUGUAAUAACUCAAAUAAUUGGUUUAUAUGAGAUAAAUGCCUUCAAAUUUAAUAGCUUUUUCAUCUAAAGAAGGCAAAAGAUUAUUCAAAGAAGCAUUAGAUUAAAAUACUAUGGAAUGUUAUUUUCCUCUUGCUGAACAAUUUAUUACUUAAUUGCAUCCUACUACUUGUGGAUCAACAACAUUAGUUAUGGUAUUAAAUGCUCUUAAAAUUGAUCCAGGAGUAUAAUGGAAAGGGUAUUAGAAAAAUUAAAUAAUAGAAUAUGGAAAUGGUAUACAGAAGAAAAUUUACAUGGUUUAAAAAAAGAACAUUUAGAAAAUGGUAUAGAUUUAGAUGCAUUUUCACAUAUUGCAAAACAUAAUAAAGUUGCUAUUCAAACAUUUUAUCAUCCAAAUUUAUAUGAAUAACAAUAUGAAUAAAAAAAGUAAAAUUGUAUAGUUUAAGUAAAGCUUUUAUGAUUGUUAAUAAAAUUGCACAAGAAUUCAAAAUUAACAUAAAAUAGCAUCAUUAUAAACAUUCUAUACAUGUUUAGAAGCUUCAUCUAGAAUGGAUAGACUUUUUAUGGUAGUAAAUAAUAGUAGAAAAAUAAUGGGAUAAACAGGAGAAGGACACUUUUCACCAAUAGGAGGAAUUCAUUUAAAAGAAAAGAAAGUGAUGCUCUUUGAUGUUGCAAGGUAUGUGAAAUAGCAAUAUAAGAUUUAAGUAUCCCCCUUAAUGGUGUGAUUUUGAUUUAUUAUAUAAUUCGAUUGCUCCAAUAGAUAAAGAUAAUAAUAUGACUAGAGGAUUUGCAUUAAUAACUAAAACAUUAGAUUAUGAUAUUUAAAGUUAAUACUCAAGAUAAGUUCUAUAAGAUUGGUUUAAAAAUAAAACUGAAACUAGUGAUCUGCCAAAUCAAUUAUCAGUUAUAUUUGUUUAUUAUUUGUUUAUAGUAUUGUAAAGAAUUGAAAUGUAAAUUACAAAUAUUCAUACAAUACCAUUUUAAUUAGCAUUGAGGGAAGAAUCUAGAUAUAAUAUUGAUUAAGCAUUAAUAUAGAUUAAAGGAUAGAAAAAUCUACAUAGCUUAAUUAGUGAUUUUACUUUUUAGUAUCCUGAUCUAAUUACAACAAUAAGUUGUCUUUUAUAUAAUAUUUUAUGUGGUUAUUAAAUAAGUCAUAGAGAAUUGACAGAAGAAUAUGAAUUAAUGAGAAUGAUAUUAGCAAUUUGA